ACUGAGCUGCGAGUGCGCCUGCGCGCGGGUCGGGCGCCGGGGUUCUUGACUGUGCCGCGCGGGGCGCUGGGUGUAGCCAUGCAGAGUGCCGACUCCCAGAAGCCCCCCAAGCGGCCACGGCGCGAUGGGAGCCCGAGAACCCCGCCAGACACCCCUCCCGCAGACGCAGAGAGGUCCCCGAGCCCCGACCUUCACCCCGACCACCGGACCUGGGGCCCGGAGCAGGUGUGCUCCUUCCUAAGGGACUGUGGCUUCAGCGAUUCUGGACUGCUGGAACGCUGCCGAGAGAAGAAAAUCACAGGUUCAAUACUGCCCUUUCUUGAUGACUCUCUUCUUGAAGACCUUGGAAUAAGUUCCUACGGGAAGAGAAUAAAGCUGCUUAAUAAUAUCCAACAACUGGAUCAAGCUCAUGUUUAUACAAUGAAGGUGAUUAAUGAUCCUAUCCAUGGUCACAUUGAAUUUCACCCUCUUCUCAUCCGAAUCAUCGACACACCUCAAUUUCAGCGCCUGCGAUAUAUUAAGCAGUUGGGAGGCGGUUACUAUGUUUUUCCAGGAGCUUCACACAAUCGAUUUGAGCAUAGUCUAGGCGUAGGGUAUCUAGCAGGACGUCUAGUUCGUGAACUGAGUGAAAAACAACCAGAGCUGCAGAUAAGUGAACGAGAUAUGCUCUGUGUUCAGAUCGCUGGUCUUUGUCAUGAUCUCGGUCAUGGGCCAUUUUCUCAUAUGUUCGAUGGAAGAUUUAUUCCACUUGCUCGCCCAGAUGUGAAAUGGACGCAUGAACAGGGCUCAGUUAUGAUGUUUGAGCACCUAGUUAAUUCUAACGGACUCAGAGAUGUCAUGGAACACUAUGGUCUCAUCCCUGAAGAAGAUAUUUGGUUUAUCAAGGAACAAAUUACAGGACCACCUGAAUCACCCGUCAAAGAUUCUUCGAAGUGGCUGUAUAAAGGACGUCCUAAAGAAAAAAGCUUCCUUUAUGAGAUAGUGGCCAAUAAAAGAAAUGGCAUUGAUGUGGACAAAUGGGAUUAUUUUGCCAGGGACUGCCAUCAUCUUGGAAUUCAAAAUAAUUUUGAUUACAAGCGCUUUAUUAAGUUUGCCCGUGUCUGUGAGGUAGAUGAUAGGAAGCACAUUUGUACUAGAGAAAAGGAGGUUGGAAACCUGUAUGACAUGUUCCACACACGCAACUCUUUGCAUCGCAGAGCUUAUCAACACAAAGUUGGCAACAUCAUUGAUACAAUGAUUACAGAUGCCUUCCUCAAAGCAGACCCUUACAUAGAGAUAACAGGUUCUGAAGGAAAAAAGUAUCACAUUUCUACAGCAAUUGAUGACAUGGAAGCCUUCACUAAGCUGACAGAUAACAUUUUUCUGGAGAUUUUAUACUCUGCUGAUCCCAAAUUGGAUGCUGCACGAGCGAUUUUAAAGAAAAUUGAAUGCCGUAACCUCUACAAGUUUGUGGGUGAGACUCAGCCUAUUGGACAAAUAAAGAUUAAAAGGGAAAACUACGAAAGCCUUCCGAAAGGGGUCGCCAGUGCUAAACCCAGUGACAUGGUGCUAGAACCUGAACUGAAGGCUGAAGAUUUCAUAGUGGAUGUUAUCAACAUGGAUUAUGGGAUGGAAGACAAGAAUCCUAUUGAUCAUGUUCGCUUCUAUUGUAAGAGUGAGCCCAGCCAGGCAAUCAUGAUUACUAAAAAUCAGGUUUCACAGUUUUUGCCAGAGGUAUUUGCUGAGCAGCUGAUUCGAGUUUAUUGUAAGAAGACGGAUAAAAGGAGUCUGCAUGCUGCACAACAGCAUUUUGUUCACUGGUGUUUAAUCAAUGACUUCACCAAGCCACAGUUUCUCUCUUUUUCACAGGAUGGUGAUAUUGUAGCCCCACUUAUAACACCUCGAAAAUUGGAGUGGAAGAACACAGAUUCAGCCCAGAGUCCAGCUCACACCCGAGAAGCAUCCAAAUUCAGAGUCCAGCUUUUUUCAGAUGACUCAGUGUGAAUGUCUGCAAUCAGUUGUUUACAAAAAGCCUCUCCCUCCUCCCCCCAACACAAUUAAUUUAGGGAAUUUGAUUACAGAGUUCUACAAAUGUAUUGACAACUAGUGCUUUUUAUUUUAUAUUUUGAAUGUACGCACAUGCUAAGUCAUUUUUAUUUAGAGGAACAGGUAUUAGGCAAACCUUAUUACAUGAGCUAUGGAAAGCACUGCCUUGCCUAUUUUUAAUAUUAAUCAAAGUCUUUCUUCUUUAGCAGCCUGUUUUCUUAGAAUAACCACUCUUUUAUGUACUUUGAACUCUUAGGACAUAUGAUUGUUUUUUUAAAAAUUUGGAAAUUAGACAAAGGUGCACACUGGAAUUUGCAUUUGGGAUUGUCACGAACAGCCGCAGUUAAAAGCAAAACGUAAAAUCCUGCGCCCCUGAGGAGGUGCCCAACACCCCAAAUUUGAAGAGAGCUCUCCUUGAGUGACUGGAACAUUAGUGAAAGGCACCUACCCUCACCCUUUUAGCCCCCUGUAAGCUGCCAUGUGGGAUCAACAGUAGAUGAGGGCCAGGAGGGGCUCCAGCAUUUUGAUGAGAGGCCUGAUUGAUUUGCUGAAAAGAUCUGAGGGCUCUGGCCUCCUCCGAAGUGGGGCAUAAAACUACCUUAUAGGAGACCCCUAGCCCCAGUGGCAGAGGGAUCCCCCAAACCAGGCUGUUCUCUGGGUCAGCUGUGGCUCUAGCCCAUGUUGGUUUCUUUCUCUCCUGAGUGCUCACUGCCCAAGCCCUGAGGGUUCUACCAUUGCCCAGCCUGGAGAAGGCAGCUUCCCUCCCACUUGCUCUCUGCAUCUUGCUUGGGUGCUGAUCAGAGGUCAUGACAGGAACCAUCCAUCCUCAGGGCUCCUCAGAGCUGGGACUUCAUUUUUGCUGGUAGCUGCCCGUGCAGAGAUGAAGUGAUUGCCCAGUGAGCUCCAGGUUCCCCUCUGUGUCUCUACACCACUGUGGUUGAGCAGCGCUCCUGAACUGAGGGCUCUCCCCCCAUACGCACAUCCCCAGUGCUACAGAAAUUCACCAAGAGCAAAGUCUGGAGUUAGAGCCAAAGCUGGUGGCUGCCACAGGCAGGGCAGUGGGGAGUGCAGUCAUGAGCCCCUAACAUCUUGUGCUUCGACACCCCCUUACAAAAGCCUGACAUUCCCUGGCAGGCUGGGCCUGGGGAGCCAGCCCUGGCCCUGGGCAAGAGCAAGAGGGAGUGGGGAGGAACUCAGACCGCAGGCCAGUGGAUUAUCCACAGGGCCUUAGGAGUGCUGCACCUUCCACUGUGUAACCAGGCUCUCUGCUGUAGACACUAGGGUGACAGGUGUUUGGAAUGUCUGCCAUUGUGCACUAUCACCCCUCCCCCAUCCCUCAGUAGAUAAUCAAGAGUUGACCCUAAUUCAUAGAGUAGUUAGAACCCUUCUCCUCUCCCACCACGAUGCUGUGUGGUGGGGAUGUGGUCACACAUGGGCUCAUAGAAGCACAAGGAAAGUGGUCCGUGGUACUGGGUCAUGUCCAUUUUAACCAAGGUGCCUCUGAAAUGUUCAGUAGGGAGAAGCAUCCGUCCCAGACUUCAUGUGCGCGGACCCAAGGUCAAGAAUGUAAUGUUUCUCUGCCAAGAUUGUUUUAUUUUUGCACCUCCUACCUUUAAGUCAUUGUUUUACUCUGCAAUUUUGUGGUCUCAGUGUUGUAUCAUUGUGCUCUCUGAGAAGCAACUUGGAUCUAUUUUGUUUGCAUCUUUUGUUACGUACCAGGCAGCUGCACUUUAUGCUCUUUGCAACUGUUUUAAUUAUGGGAACCAUGUGCCACUGACAAGGUUAACUUUUUCUUAAGAAACAUCUUCACUGUUUGUGUAAAAACGGAGACUUGAACAGCUUGGCCUCUAGAGUUACUGAGCAUUGUCACAUUGAGAAUGUAAAUAGAACUGCAAGUUCAAGUGACUGGUUAUUUCAUCUGGGUGAAGGAAACAGCUGCAAUAAAACCUCAUGACUGUA